AUGCUUCUGGAAAUUCCCUUCAAGGUGCCCGCGGGUUCUGUGAUUCUGUUGCAACAUCUUGACAUGGAAAUUCCCUUCAACGUGUCCGUGGGCUCUGCCGUUCUCUUGCAACAUCUUGAAGGCCCCUUCAAGGUGUCCUUGGGCUCUGUCGUUCUGUUGCAACAUCUGGACAUGGAAAUUCUCUUCAAGCUCUGUCGUUUUGUUGCAACAUCUCGACAUGGAAAUUCCUGGUCUGUGGGCUCUGUGGUUCUGUUGCAACAUCUUGCCAUGAAGAUUCCCUUCAAGGUGUCGGGGGGCUCUGUCGUUCUGUUGCAACAUCUUGACAUGGAAAUUCCCUUCAAGGUGUCCGUGGGCUCUGUCGCUCUGUUGCAACAUCUUGACAUGGAAGUUCCUUUCAAGGUGCCCGCGGGCUCUGUCGUUCUGUUGCAACAUCUUGACAUUCAAAUUCCUUUCAAGGUGUCCCUGCGCUCUGUGGUUAUGUUGCAACAUCUUGACAUGGAAGUUCCUUUCAAGGUGUCGUUGCACUCUGCCGUUCUGUUGCAACAUCUUGAGACGGAUAUUCCCUUCAAGGUGUCCUUGGGCUCCGUCGUGCUGUUGCAACAUCUUGACAUGGAAAUUCUCUUCCAGGUGUCCGUGGGCUUUGUGCUUCUGUUGCAACAUCUUGACAUGGAAAUUCCCUUCAAGGUGUCCUUGGGCUCUGCCGUUCUGUGUCAACAUCUUGACAUGGAUUUUCUAUUGAAGGUCUCCGUGGGCUUUGUGCUUCUGUUGCAACAACUUGACAUGGAAAUUCCCUUCAACGUGUCCGUGGGCUCUGUGGUUCUGUUGCAGCAUCUUGACGUGGAAAUUCCCUUCAAAAUGUCCGUGGGCUCUGUCGCUCUGUUGCAACAUCUUGACAUGGAAAUUCCCUUCAAGGCGUCCGUGGGCUCUGUGGUUCUGUUGCAACAUCUUGACGACAUGGAAGUUCCCUUGAUGGUGUCCGUGGGCUCUGUGGUUGGUUGCAACAUCUUGACAUGGAAAGUGUCCCUGCACUCUGUGGUUAUGUUGCAACAUCUUGACAUGUCAUUUCCCUUCAAGGUGUCCUUGGGCUCCGUCGUUCUGUUGCAACAUCUUGACAUGGAAAUUCCCUUUAAGGUGUCCGUGGGCUCUGUCGUUCUGUUGCACCAUCUUGACAUGGAAAUUUCCUGCAAGGUGUCCGUGGGCUCUGUGGUUCUCCUGCAACAUCUUGACAGGGAAAUUCUCUUCCAGGUGUCCUUGGGCUCUGUCGUUCUGUUGCAAUAUCUUGACAUGGAACUUCCCUUCAAGGUGUCCGUGGGCUUUGUGCUUCUGUUGCAACAGCUUGACAUGGAAAUUCCCUUCAACGUGUCCGUGGGCUCUGCCGUUCUCUUGCAACAUCUUGACAUGGAGCCCUGA